AUGCCGAACGUCGCAAUGAACGGGAAAACCAGUAAUGCUAAAUAUAUUACAGCCGAGGAGGGAGGGACGCAAGUUAUUUUUGCUGGCAACCAGUGCGGGACCCAAAGGCGGCGGUCAGCGAUCCCUUGGCUGGACGGCUGGACUCGGCUGGAGCUGAUGCUGGCUCUGGUGUGUGUCUUCCUGGCUGUGGUGGUCAUCGCUCUCAUCAUCUUGCUGGCCUCGAGGGCGCCUCAAAAAGGGGAAAGUAACUCAGAGAAGCUCAGGCGACUUCCUCCUAAAUAUCCCUUAGACUGCCACAUACCCCAAGGGAUCAAUGUCAGCGACAUAUGUCUCACUGCCGGGUGUGUCACUGCAGCCUCCCGCCUGCUAACAUCAAUGGACUCCGCAGUCGACCCUUGUGACAACUUUUUCGACUUCGCCUGCGGAAACUGGAACAAGUUAAACAUCAUCCCCGCGGACAAGUCCUUCUUCAACACCUUUGCUAAACUGGGCGACGACAUCCAGGCUUUGCUGAAAAAUUUACUGGAAAAACCCAUCGAUCCACUUGACAUAGAGGCCACGGUGAAAGCAAAAAAGCUCUAUAUGUCUUGUAUGAAUGAAAGUCAGAUCGACAGUGAGGGUCUAGAACCGGUUAGGAAACUCCUGGCGGACCUGGGUACAUGGCCCAUCUUGCACGGGGAUGCCUGGGACCCAGACGGCUCUGUCAGUGUCCUUGACCUCAUCGUCAAGCUGACCCUCUACAAUAACAAAAUACUCAUCGACCAGUGGGUGUCUGCUGACGACAAGGACUCGGAGAUUAAUAUAAUUCAGCUGGACCAGGCGGACCUGGGCAUGCCCUCGCCCGAUUACUUCCUCCACGAGGACGCAGUGACCAAGCUGCCCGUAUACAAGAAGUACGCCUACGAUGUGGCCAUCAUGUUCGGCGCUGACCCCAAGGUGGCCCAGAAGGACGUCGACGACAUGGUCAAUUUUGAGAUUGAGCUGGCCAAGAUCACUAUUCCGAGAGAAGAACGGAGGGACAAUGAAAAGAUGUAUAAUAAAAUGACUAUCAAACAGUUUGCCGAGUUGGUUCCCGGGUUCGACUGGCUGGACUACCUGCAGAAGAUCUAUGGGACAGUGGGUAUCAACAUUACAGAGACGGAGAAGAUCGUUGUCUAUGCCCCAGCUUACUUUCAGAAGUUCGCCAAACUCUACCAGACUGUGCAGAAAAGGGUGAAAGCCAACUACCUCUUCUGGCGUAUCCUGAUGAACCGGGUCAACAACCUGCCCAGCCAGUACCGCAGCAUCAAGAAUGAGUUCUUGAAGGUGAUAUUUGGAUCGCAUGCGGAGCCGGCCAGGUGGUACGAGUGUGUGACGUUUGUUAACGAACACAUGGGAAAUGCCUUGGGGAGGCUGUUUGUGGAAGCUCAUUUCGAUGAGGGAUCUAGAGAAACGGCUCUUGAGAUGAUUCAUGACAUCCGAAACGCUUUCUACGAGAUCCUAAACGCCACGGACUGGAUGGACGAGAAGACCAAGAAAGUCGCCAAAGAGAAGGCGGAAGCCAUCUCAGAGAAGAUAGGAUACGCUGACUCCAUCUUGAACGACACGGCUCUCAAUGAAGAAUACCAAGGGGUGGAGUUCUACCCUGACAGAUAUUUUGAUAACGUCAUCAGUAACCUCAAACACACGGCCAUACUGAACUUGAAGAGACUAAAGGAACCAGUCGACCGAACAAAGUGGUCGACAACCCCAGCAGUAGUGAAUGCUUUCUACAGCUCCACAAAAAACCAAAUAAUGUUUCCUGCGGCAAUUUUACAACCACCAUUUUACAGUAAAGAUUAUCCCAAAAGCCUGAACUACGGCGGUAUUGGCAUGGUCAUAGGUCACGAGAUUACCCACGGAUUUGAUGACAGAGGUAGACAGUAUGACAAGAAUGGCAUUCUGGUGCAGUGGUGGGAUGAUGAGGUCAUCAAGAGGUUCAAG